AUGCCUGCCACUGAAAUGGACGUCUACAAAAAUGAUAUGAAGGACGAAGCAGUCCUUGACAUAAUCCUUGAGCGUCAGCAUGAAGAUCAAGUUGCUCGAUCAGGUUUGCCGGAAGAGGAAGCAUUCUGGAUGCCUCUUGAAGAGCUCUGCGGUAUUGUGAACAUCAGGAGUAAGGCAAGCCUCGAAACAGGAAAGAUACGCAUCACCUUCGAAGGCUUAUCAAGAGUUUACACGCGACGAUUGAGUGAGACUAAGUUGAACAAAAUUGACACUUAUGUGGCUAAGUACAAGUUUCUGUCGCAGCAAUAUGAGAUCGAGGACUUCCAGAACUCGAUCGAGAGUAGCACAGGCAUCUUCAUCUACUCAGCACGAUUCUCCUUUACCAUCUCACGAUGGGCUCUGACGAAAGGGCUAGGGGUUCCACAACAGUGCUUGGACUUACCUCCAUCGUUCUGCGCGGGCCAGACUCUAGUCAGUGGAGAUGACGAGUACGCACAACCAAACAUCACAUAUCAUUUGGUAGUUAGUGGAACUGCCAAAACGAUGAAUGACCUCAGGACACUCUCACUGACCAGAAGGAAGGAAUUCAUGUUGCGGAUUCCGACAGAGAUAAGGCCUCCUUUGAAAACUCAUGAUUUCAGGACGAAUGACUCUUUCAAUGACGGAACCUCCGCCUAUAAUUUUGUUGCAUCGAACGUUGCAAGGCAGCACGACCGCAGUCCUUCAUGUCCGAUCCGCCUUCAAGAUCAGGUCAUAUGUAUUGGAGAACAGAGCCACUCUUCCAACACAUGGAGUGUUGCGCAGAUGCCAAAACGGGCAGAAGUGACAACACAGGUUUCUCUUGCCCCGGAAGAAGGGGCAAACCGCAAUUCUAUCAAGUCUCAAUCAACCGCGGACAGCCACAGUGACUACUCAGAGGCAUGGCAGGCCACUUUCAAUCUGCCGUUGACUGUACCCGGUCAUCUUCUACCUACAUUUUGUUCUGCAAUAGCUUCAAGACAGUACAGUCUUAUCACUCGCAUCCAUGUUGAUGGGAUACGGAUCGACCGGUUCGUGCUGGAGGUACCGCUCCAAAUCACUUUUUCGCCGGUCGAAAGCCUUCAAGCUGCUGAGCGUGUCUCAACGCCGGAAGGUUACGAAGGCAACUUUGCCCCGAACCGGCCCCACGCUUUCACGAUCUGGUCACCGUGA